AUGGGAGCCAUUCAUUGGUCCACAAACCCAAAAGCCUCCAAUACAUCCAUCUCCACCGCUUCAUAUGAAUGGGAAAUGAAAAACUUAUCCACAGAAUUCCAUCCCCCGACCCAAGAAAGAAAAGGAGAAGAAAAAGAAAGCAUAGAGGAAGAUAAACAAGAGAAACAAGAGAAUGAAAAAGAUGAAGAAGAAGAAGAAAGAGCUAGAUGUGAGUGGGAUUUUAAUCUCUCCACCAUUGUUUCUUCCGACGCAGCAGGAGCGGGGACUGACACCCUUGGAGUAAUCGAGUUCGACCCGUCUGAUAGCCUUGUCGCCACCGGCGGUAUUGCAAGAAAGAUCAGAAUUUAUAGUUUAAGCUCUCUGUUGCCUCAUGAAAGUAGUAAUAAUGCUACUACUUCGUUAGACCAUGCUAAUGCAUGUGAUUUCUGCAUAUGCACCCCUGCAAAGCUUAGCAGCCUGAGGUGGAAACCCGGUUCUGACGGGCGCGUCUUGGGGUCCGGAGACUAUGACGGGGUGAUCAUGGAGUAUGACCUUGAGAGAAGAAUGCCCAUUUUCGAGCGCGACGAGCAUGGCGGGCGCAGAGUCUGGAGCGUCGACUAUUCGCGUUGGGUUCCGGUUAUGGGUGCGUCCGGGUCGGACGACGGCACCAUGCAAAUGUGGGAUCCACGUUGCGAAGGUGGGAAAUGCAUGGCCACGGUGCAGCCUAGCGUGCGACGCAGUCCCGUCUGUUGUGUUGAGUUCAAUCCGAUCGGUGGAGCACUAGUAGCCGUUGGAUGUGCGGACCGGAGGGCGUACGGGUAUGACAUCCGGAAAAUGGCGGACCCGGUUGUUGUGUUUGAUGGGCAUAGUAAAACAGUAACAUACGUCCGAUUUCUGGAUGCCCACACGAUGGUAACAGCCGGGACUGAUGGGUGUUUGAAGCUAUGGAGUAUCAAUGAUUCCCAAAUAAUUCGCACGUAUAAGGGACACGUGAACAACCGGAGCUUUGUCGGGCUAUCCGUGUGGAGGAAUGGCGGGUUACUCGGAUGCGGGUCGGAAAGUAACGAGGUUUUUGUGUAUAAUAGGAGGUGGAGUGAACCGAUAUGGGUGCAUGGAUUUGAGCCAGUAACUCGAGCCGGGUGUGACCACGGGUUCGUCAGUAGUGUGUGCUGGAGGCAAACUGGGGACGACAGGUGCACUCUAGUGGCAGGGGGAUCAGAUGGGGUUUUGCAAGUUUUUGUGGGGAAAAGGAAGUAAAAUUGAUAAUAGCCUGAAGAGAUCGAGAAGAAGCACGUCAUAGAGUAUGGUUUUAAAUUCUAACAUAUGUAUGUAAGGCCAAAUAUAAGACCACGGGUAUGGAUUCUCUACACAUUUUAUCACUUGGACAUCGGAUAAGUUCGACUCGAUAUAUUUUGGAGAAUAAGGCGAUAAUUUUAAAUGAGAUAUUUUUUUGUGGGUCAUUUUUUUCAUUGGCUUUCUUGUAGUCCACAUCAUUUUAAUUGAGUCUCAUAAUAAAAGAGAAAAUACAUUUUUUUUUUU